UUCUAUGUUGUAAAUGAUGCCGACUCACAUUCUCUGUGGAGUGUAGCGUGUGCUAACGUUAGCCGGCUAAGAUUAGCAAGCUAGCUACUUGGGCCCGCCUAGAGCUGAUAAGUUAGCAGCACCUUAAGAUCACACCGAAAGCCAUUCCACUCGGAUGAGCUAUCGUUAGUAAGCUAACUAUUAAGCUAUUGCCUUCUAGACCCCAGAAAAUAAAGAUAGCUUUAGUGUAAUCACUGCCAGAAACAAAACUGAAAGCAUCCUAAAACGUCAACGUUCGAUUUUAAGAUGUUAUGGGAAUGUCGGCAUAACCCCAACACUUCCAGUGUCGCAUAAUUUGGAGUGAAUGGCAGCGUAACGAUAACGUUCAACUGAAAUACAUAACUCUUGGACCUAUAAUUAGUCCUUUCGAUGCAAGACGGAGCUUUUGUGAAAGAUAAAGGUUAAUUGAAUUCAGUGCUGAUUGAUACACUGAUCGUAAGAUAACGCGACCUAUAACGUUAGGUGAAAGCCGAAUGGGGGUGUUGAUCCUGUCGAUCAGGAGAACGUCUUCAUUCAUGUUGCAUGACGUUGUCGUUGUGGAUUAAAAGCAAGAAAAUGACAGUUUUUACGGUUAACGAUAAAUUUGCCCUUGCUUUCCUCGCCGGAAGUGAACACAACGGGGCUACGCUACGGUUACGCUGCCCAACCAAGGCGAUAACGUAUCUAUUGAUGUCGGGGUUAAGGUGAUUGCCUACGCUCCACAGCCAAAGACUUUACAUGUCACACAAUGGGUUAGUUAGGAUGUGUUGUCACAAGAUGCUCUGUCAAUACCCGCGGUUAUAUAUUAUAAAUCAUUGCUCUUAGAUAAAAGUCAGUCAUCAAAUGAAGUAGCUACGGUGUGAUUCUACUGUCACGGGUUAACGCUACUACGCAGGCGACCUACAGAGCGACAAAGAAUGCGCAUGUAUCAGCGUUGAGAAGUGAGGAACUCUAACGGCUGAUUUGGUUAACGACCGAUAGUUCAGGUCUGGCCUUACAAAUCUCAUUAUUUUGGCACGUUGGCCUCAAAGAACCUGUCGAGCAGAAAGCCUCAUGGGGUUUAAUAUGUUAGUGACUUGGUUCAUUGUCUCUUCAGAUAUUGUGCAGAUUAAUGUGCGCGCUAAUGUGACGGUUAAUGGAAUUUUUCAGUGUAGCUAAAAGACAAUUAAAGGAAACUGCAUGUUAAAAUUCGACUGGAGAUCCAAACUCUGUUGCCAGUUAGUCAGGUAAGGUACACCUGGCUAAGACUGAUGCCUUCUAAUACAAUAGCCCUGCAAGGGUUCAGUUUAUUUUAAGAAGGUUAAAGAGCAGCAUUGAUUCAACUUUAGAGGGUGUAUUUUGGAUGCUUUCGGUCUUUAUUUGAUUACACAGAGGAAUUUCUGUUAACCAGCCUAUCAUUUAUCUAGCUUUCCAUCUAUAGAAAAGUGCUAUCAGGAAACUGGAAAGAAUGAAAUGAGAAUAAGUCAAAUGUCAUUUAAGUAAGCAUAUUUACUUGUAACUUGACAAGACACCAGACACACUUAAUUUCAAUGAAUUCUCUCUCUAAAAAUACUGCGUGGAUGUGGUAUAGUUUACGUUUGUCAUAAGGAAGUAUUUUAAGGCAGAUACUGCUCACACAUAUAUGGAAAGGUCUUUCUGUUGUUCAGUGUUCCUUACUUGACCUGGGCUGGAAAGAGAUUAAAGUGUUGAGUUACUCUGGUGGUUCUAUCACUGGUGUGUCAUUCAAAGAAUGACUUUGGCUGUUUGAAUGAGAUCAAUAAUUGCACAGCUUAUCUCUUCCUGCUUUAGUAAUUCAACAGGCUGCCAAUACUUUUGGGAGUCAGUGGUGAUGAUUAAAACACUUUGUAAAAUAAACACGCUGUAGCUCAAUUUGGUUUCAGCUUUGUGGUCACUAGUGAAAGAUCAUGACCAUAUGCGAAGGUUACAGCACAAUUUAUGAGCUUCAGCUUGAAGCUCGGCUCCCUUCUCACCACAACAGUCUGGCACAGUGUUGCAACAAUCAGCCUGUUGUUCCCAUGCUCCAUCUUGCCUUCACCCAUGAACAACAGUUCAAGAUUUUUGAGAACCUGAGGAUCACUCACGAUAUAUCUGAAGUAUUCAUUCCUACAUGGGUCUCCUAUUCACCAUUCAUGUGAGAUGGAGCUGAAUAAUGGUGGAAAUUAGAAGAUUUGUUAGCUUUAGCUAGUCUUUCAUCUGCCAGCUCAGUGUUUUCACUGUCAACAGAUGGUUUUAGCAGUACAGGGGUAGAGUAAAUCUGACAACUCUGAUAAAUGUAAUAAGACACAAUGCUAAACAUUGCCACGUUUCUCUCUUUCUUAUCAUUAUCAAUUGAUGAAAGGAGAUACGACAGACACCUUUGAUGCUGUUGUAUAAAUCAGGAAUUUAAUUUCUCUAAUCUUUUAUUUCCUCUUUCCAAACUUCUUUGUAAGCUAUCCCACCGUGCCCCUGGUGGCCCCUCCCCCCGUCCUCAGGCAAAGCCCCCUCCCCAAUCCCUUUGCCCUGUCGGGAUCAGCCCCCCUCAUCCCCUACCUUCCCUCCUUUUCCUCCCUCCCUCCCUUCCUCCCACCCAUCCUCCCUGUACUCCAACUGUCCUCCGCUGCAGUAAGGUCUCCCCACCAUCUCUGCCAAGCUGUCGGACAUGUCAGGACCCGUGCCGAGCCGGGCCCGAGUGUACACUGAGGUCAACACUCAUCGGCCCAGGGAGUACUGGGACUAUGAGUCUCACGUGGUUGAGUGGGGAAACCAGGAUGACUUUCAGCUGGUGCGGAAGCUGGGACGUGGCAAGUACAGUGAAGUCUUUGAGGCAAUCAACAUCACCAAUAAUGAGAAGGUGGUGGUGAAGAUUCUCAAGCCCGUGAAGAAAAAGAAGAUCAAGCGUGAGAUAAAGAUUUUGGAGAACCUGCGUGGAGGUCCUAACAUAAUCUCCAUCAUCGAUAUUGUGAAAGACCCUGUGUCCCGGACACCUGCCUUGGUCUUCGAACAUGUUAACAACACAGACUUCAAGCAACUGUACCAGACCCUGACAGAUUAUGACAUCCGGUUCUACAUGUACGAAAUCCUCAAGGCCCUGGACUACUGCCACAGUAUGGGAAUCAUGCAUAGAGAUGUGAAGCCACAUAACGUAAUGAUUGAUCAUGAACACCGCAAGUUGCGCCUUAUUGACUGGGGUCUGGCCGAGUUUUACCACCCAGGACAGGAGUAUAACGUCAGAGUUGCCUCCCGAUACUUUAAGGGACCCGAGCUCCUGGUGGACUAUCAGAUGUAUGACUACAGUCUGGAUAUGUGGAGCUUGGGCUGUAUGUUGGCGAGCAUGAUCUUCAGGAAGGAGCCCUUCUUCCACGGCCAUGACAACUAUGACCAGUUGGUGAGAAUAGCCAAGGUUCUGGGGACUGAAGACCUCUAUGACUAUAUCGACAAGUACAAUAUUGAGCUGGAGCCUCGCUUCAAUGACAUUCUGGGAAGGCAUUCUCGGAAGCGGUGGGAGCGGUUUGUCCACAGUGAGAACCAGCACCUGGUCAGCCCUGAGGCUCUGGAUUUCCUUGACAAGCUGCUGCGCUAUGACCACCAGGCCCGGCUGACAGCCCGCGAGGCCAUGGAUCACCCAUACUUCUUCCCCAUUGUGAAAGAUCAGUCUCGUGUGGCUGGAUCAGCCAAUCUGCCCAGUGGGAACACAGCUGUUAGCACAGCCAGCAUGAUCACUGGUAUCUCUGCCUUGCCAGCCUCCACUGCCCUGGGCCCUCUCACUGGCUCACCGGUCCUGUCUGCUGCCACCAACGCCCUGAGCACCCCGGUGCCCGCUGCUGCCGGCGCCCCGCAGUGACACCCCACCCAAUUCCACACUCGACCCCCCUCUCCCCAGUCUCUCCCACCUCUACCACCACCUGGCCCGGGAUUGGGGGUGGGGUGUCUAGACAGGUGCCACUCUGCCAGCCCUCACCACAUCCAACCUAACUCAGUGUGACCGCGCCUCACCAACCUCCUGGCGUGGAGGAUGCUGUCGACUAAGAAAAGAAAGAUGUUUUUUCCGUUCCUUUUCCUCUUUGAAUGAGCGUGUUAACCUGACAUCUGAAAUGAAUGUUCUGUGUAACUGAAAUAUACAGGUAUUCCUUUCAUUUCCCCAAGAGCCGUAGUGAAUACAUAGGGGUGUGUGUUUGUGUGUGGUGAGUCUGAGAGCGAGUGUCAUCCACGGCUGAUUCGGGGUCUCAGCAGCCCCCCUGUGUGUUUUAGUGUGGAUUGUGAAGGCAGUGGUCAAUAAGUACAUCACCAGAAGGCAAAAGAAAGAUGUUGGCCAUCAGGACCAAAAGGAGCACAUCCUGUAUAGUUUACUAAUGCAGCAUUGUCAAAAACCAGACCUGAUGAGAACAGUUAAUUUACCUCCCCAGAUGAGUCUAAACACCCUCCAGAUCACAGCGUUUUGGAAGUGUUUGGUGCUGUUCUGUGCUCCAGGUGUAUGUGAACACAAUGACACUUCAACACUUUCUCUGCCUGAGUAGUUUUGUCUCGCCUUUCUUACCAAACCAGAUCACCAGUCUUCUUUUGAUAUGCGACUCCCCGUCACGUCAUUCAUUCAUUUGUUUUGUAUUGAAAUGUGCUGGACUGCUGGAUAAGGUUCAUCACCAUCAAGUGGUUUGAUCGACUAAUGUUGUACCAUGCUCUCUUAAGAAGCCAGGUAAGGUUCAUUCAGGUUUUCAAAGAAAUGGUUUCUCAAACGUGCUGCUUUCCAGUUCCUUGAAUUACUUCAAGUGGCUUUUCUUGAAUUACUUCAAGACAUAACCAAAGUUUACUCGGUUGGAAGAAGAGACUGACCAAACCUAGUUUUGUUUUGUGGGAGUUACUCAUGGAGAUGCUGUAAUGCAGAAUGACAGUGUGGGUGAAUAAGAUGAUAAUGUGACACAAUAAUCAUCUGCAGGUGACUAAAGUGCUGUUCGUGUUGGAGGAAAGUUCACUUCUGUUGUGUAGUGACUUGGGUUAGCUUUGUGACGAGUAUUACAGUUGACUGGCUUUCACUAACAUGUUGAGGGAGGUAUUGAAUUUGAAAUGUUGAAUAGCACUUGAAGGGUAGAGUUUUCCCCCCGGUGUUUUAGUGCCAGAGUUUGAAAGUGUAAGUUUUAGACCCUGCUGUACAUAUGCAUCUUUUUUUUUUCAUUUCAAAACCUGAAAAUGCAAAUAAAUCAGAACAUGUAUACAUUGACCUGAAAACGGAGCAGUUUGAGUCCCUACAUCACUGUAUAUAUUUUUAUGUCCUUAUGUAGAAGACUAGUAUUUGAAAAUAUUUGUGUAAAUAAACACGUGUUUUAUUUAUCAGGUA